CGCCUACCGGCUCAACUACAUGGACCACCUUUACCACCAGCUCCAGGCCUCCACGCACAGUCCCAACGCCUCGUUACACGGACUGGGUGGUUUGGGGCCCGAGUACCUUCUGCACGCGGCAGGACCAGCGAGCACCCUCGCCUCUUCGGAAUUCCCCUUCUCCAUCGACGUGUCAGCAUCGUCGAGGCUAGGAAGUCCAAGGGCGUCCGCCAUCAGAGCAAGCCGGAAACGAGCACUGAGCAGUUCCCCGUACUCGGACCGUUUCGACAUCGACAGCAUGAUCCGAUUCAGCCCGAACAGCCUGGCCUCCAUCGUGAACGGAUCCCGGAGCAGCAGCGCGAGCGGCAGUUACGGUCACCUCUCUGCCGCAAUGAGCCCAGCGCUGGGAAUGCACCCAGGAAUGGCGCCACACUUGCAGCAGCUUCAAGCGCAUCUGUUGAGGAGCGCAGCUGCCGCAGCGCUCCUACCCCAUGCUCACCCCUUGCAACCCCCAGCGCCACCUCCACCACCGCCUCAUCCACACCCCCAUGCCCAUGGAUUAUCGCCACACUCGCAAUUGUACCCCGGCGUGCCACCCCAUUCCACGGCCUCGGCAACCCUUGGACCACACGGUGGAGGAUUGCCGCCGAAAACCGAGAGCGCGGAGUCGUGCAGAAAAGCGUCGGAAUCGUCGACCAGGUCGGUGACGGCCGAGGCGGACACGUCUUCGAGAAGAGCAUCCACCAAGGUGAAGAGGGAACCAGCCACGACCACCACCAAUGCUACGACAACCACCGCGCCACCUACCCACCCCCAGGGACUCAGUCCCAGCGAGGACCUCAGGGACGAACCGGGUGAUUUCAUCGAAACCAAUUGCCACUGGAGGGACUGUGGCCUCGAGUUUCCGACCCAGGAUGAUCUCGUGAAACACAUCAACAACGAUCACAUACACGCGAACAAGAAAAGCUUCGUCUGCGGCUGGGAGGAGUGCUCGAGGGAGGAAAAACCGUUCAAGGCUCAGUACAUGUUGGUGGUGCACAUGAGAAGGCACACUGGCGAGAAACCGCACAAGUGUACCUUCGAGGGCUGUUUCAAGGCGUACUCGCGUCUGGAGAACCUGAAGACGCAUCUCAGGUCACACACUGGAGAAAAACCGUACACUUGCGAAUACCCUGGGUGCAGCAAGGCGUUCAGCAACGCCAGUGACCGCGCGAAACACCAAAAUAGGACUCAUUCCAACGAGAAACCGUACGUCUGCAAGGCGCCAGGCUGCACGAAGAGGUACACGGACCCUUCGUCUCUGAGGAAACACGUGAAAACCGUGCACGGUGCAGAGUUUUAUGCCAACAAGAAGCAUAAAGGAGGCGGUGGAGAUGGCGGAGGAAGCGACGAAGCUGGCGCAGGAGGCCAUAGUCCCAGCAGAAGCGAGGAUCUUCAUCCAAAGACGCCUAGCUUGUCGAGUCCCAGCGUGAAGUCUGAAAGCGAAGCGAACAGUCCGCCUAGCAUGAUGCAGCAGCAAGGUAGUCCUCUGGUUGGUGGCUGCAACGACGAAGUUGCCGGGGUCAGUGCGUUGACUGGCGAUGGCGUGGCCCUGGCCGAGGAACCUUGGAACGAGGAACCCGAUGACCUGGACAUCGCUGAUCUGCCAGUUGCUCUACGUGCCAUGGUGGGUGGAAUGGAGUCGCAGCAACAGCAACAACCUCCGCCGCCCUCUUCGAGAAAUCGUCUGAAAGGCAGAUUGAACGCUAAGGGCAUGCCAAACUUGCCUGUCAGCGUGUCCGGUAUGAGAGGGACACGUGGCAUGGGUCCCCAGGGUAACAUCGGCGACCUGAACAGGAGGAUCACUGACCUGAAGAUGGAGGGCGGCGGACCCGCCCGUCAGACGAGUCUUUCCGACCUGCAGCUCAGGCUUCAACCUCUGAGCGAGCCACGAAGGGACAGCAAUAGCACCGUAAGCACUUAUUACGGCAGUAUGAAGUCCACGGACUUCGGUAGCAGGAGAAGCAGCCAAGCCAGCGGGGUCAGCGCCGUUAGAAUGGGUCCGACCGGGCCUGGAAGCUUUUACGACCCCAUUAGUCCAGGGACAUCGAGGAGGAGCAGUCAGAUGAGCACCACUUCCGGCAGAAUGAACCCUCCCAGUCACCUUCAGGGUCCCUACUCGACGAGCAAUCUUGUCGUCCAGACGCAGAAUAUGUCUCUGCAGGGCAUUCAGGGUAUGCCAGGAGAUUGGAACGGUCCAAGUGGUCACUGCACUCAACCGUCCGGUGAUCGUCGCAUGUCGGAACCUACUAGGGGUCACCAGACCCAAAGGAAUUCACCGCCUGUGCCACCAAGGCCAAGAUCAGCUCAGCUUCUGGAGCAUCACCCUAAUCAAGAAGUCAUUCUGGACGAGGUUGGAGAAGGCGAAAUGGUGGAGAAUAAGCUGGUUAUUCCUGAUGAGAUGAUGCAGUACUUGAACCAAGUUCAGGCUGGAGGGACUCAGAUCAACUGUCGCAGCAGUCCCUUACCUAUUUGUCAGUCACCGAUCUGCACCAAUCCCUUGCACUACCAACGUCAGAUGCAGCCUACCUGCAAUUACAGCCAGUCCCAUCAACAGAUCUGCUAUCCCCAACCGCAACCCGCUCAACCGACUUGCACGAAUUACCAGAAUACUUCUCCGUCCCCGUACAACCAGUGUCCCAGCUCUAGACCUCCACAGCCCAGCUCGCAAUACUGUCCUCCACCCACUUAUCCGUCGCAACCGAACGGCGGCCAAGUCCUGAGUCCAGCAGCGGGUCAAGUCAUGUCACCAGGAUCUCACUAUGCUCCCAGUCACAUCAGCGACCAGCCUCUAACGUCACCAGCAGCUGGUGCCUUGGCACCCCCGCACCCUCCGCAGAAUCUUCCGCAGAAUUCCGCGCAAUUAACCAGGAACUGUCCUCAGAACCACAUGCAUCACGGCUACUACCCCAGCUACAGUUGCCAAGGACAACUGAGCGCGAACUGCACGGGAAAUACAAACGGUCAGGUGAACCACCACGCGAGUCCUCCUUGCGCUCCGCCGAAUCACAGCGCCAUGACUCAACAGCAGUGCGUGCAGAUGCGCGCAACAGGCAACUGUCAGCAACUGUCCCCGCACUGCACUCAACAACCAGCUAUACCUAAUCCGACGACCAUGAGCCACCCCAGUACCCAAUGCGGUCAAGUGGCCAGUCAGUGUACCAGGCCGAUGGUUACCCCCAAUGGUCAGGUGUCGAACUUACACUCUGCUCAGCAGACCACAGUGUCUAAUCAGUGUGGCCAGAUGUCGCCGCACUGUUCUCAGUUGAACAUGAACAACCAGGCCAAGCCGAUUGCAAACAUGACCAGUCUCCAGGGCUGUCAGCAACAGGCCCAACAGCAAACUACUCCCUGCCUGCAAAUGACCAAUUGUGCUCACCCCAACGGUGGUCACAGGCAAGUCACAGACACUGCUCUGCCCAAGCGGACGUCUCCGCAGUUGUGCACUGCUCAACAGACCAACUGCAGAAUGCAACAGCAGCAACAUACUUGUACGCACAAUUGUCAAGCUCGGAGCAACCCUCCGAGUCAUCAGCAGUAUAACUGUAACUGUCAAUGGGGCUACGGUGGCGACCAAUGUUAUCACGAGCAAGCCGGUGCUGCCAUGCCGGAGAUCCAAUGCAGAGACAUCAGUCAGUCACAGCAAGGGUCUCCGAUGAAGCCACCGCAAGGUAUGAGACAGGACUCGUACAGGAGGACACUGGAAUACGUGCAACAGUGCAGAAACUGGUCUGGGAACGCUCAGACCCACGAGACGAACGUUUCCAGUUCCACUCACCCGAUGUCGCUGCCGCAGCCUCUGCCGUCUAGCGCCAACAUGGUGGUGAACGACAUGACUUCGUCUCUGAGCUCGUUGCUCGAGGAGAACAGAUACUUACAGAUGAUUCAGUGAAUCUCGCGUUACGAAUAUAUAGAAAUAUACCUACAGAUAUAUUUUCUAUUGUACUUUUUUUGAUACUAACGUUUAAAUAAGCGCGCGGAACGCGUCGCGCGCGUAGAGGGCGACCCGAGCGUUCUGUAUUUUUGAUAAAGACCAGAGGUUUUACUAUUUCCCUCCUUUCAGUAGGAACGAGCGUAUUUUCUACUUGUUAAGU